UUGUAUAUACUUCCUUUUCAGUAUCAUUAUACGUAUAUCUAUAUUCAAAAUUAACUUAAGAAAAUAAAAAGAAGAUGGUGUAUAAAUCAGAAAAACCAAACCGGAAAAUGAAAUCAAAGGAGAAGCAAAGGAAAGGAUUAUGGUCACCGGAAGAAGAUGAGAAGCUUAGGAGUCAUGUUCUCAAAUAUGGCCAUGGAUGUUGGAGUACCAUUCCUAUUCUCACUGGAUUGCAGAGGAAUGGGAAGAGUUGUAGAUUAAGGUGGGUUAAUUAUCUAAGACCUGGACUUAAGAAGUCUACAUUCACUAAAGAAGAGGAAACCACUCUUGUCUCACUCCAUUCCAUGUUGGGUAACAAAUGGUCUCAGAUAUCGAAAUUUUUACCAGGAAGGACCGACAACGAGAUCAAAAAUUACUGGCAUUCUAAUCUAAAGAAGGGUGUAAGUUUGACAAAACAUGUAACCACAAGAACCCCUCAAACAUCUUCAGUCAAAAGCUCACUUGAGGCCCUGCAGAGCACAACUGAAAGAUCAUCUUCAUCUAUCAGUGUCGGAGAAACAUUCAAUGCUCAGACCCCAAGUUUUUUGCCAAGUCUCGUGUUCUCCGAAUGGUUAGAUUACAGUUUGUUUACGGAUCAGUCACCUCAAAAGACUAGUUAUGUUCAAAAUAGUGUUGUACAUGAAGAGAGACGAUUCACUGGACCAUGUGGCACUCUUUAUUUGGAAGACAGCUCUUUGCCUGAUUUCGUACCUACUUCAGAAUUUUUGUUGGAGGAUGAGAUAUCUGAGAUCGAGUUCUGUCCUUCAUUUUCAGACAAUUUCUUGUUCGAUGGUCUCAUCAACGAGCUACGACCAAUGUAAAUGUGCUAAGAGAGAUGCCCUAGUAACGUGUAGAAGAGUAUAAAAAGAGAAAAUAAAUAAAUAAUAAUUCGAUUACACUAAACCAAAUUUCCACA